GAGGAGGAGGAGGAAGAAGGGGAUAGUAGCCGGAAUAAGAGAGAGGGAGAGGACAGAGGAGACUAAAAGGUGUAGCAGGACACAAGUCUCUUGGAGGACAGCGCGUUGUUCUUUGUCUGUGCUUGGAGCAGCACUGCCAAACUAGAGGUAGAGGACAAAGAUAAAUGCCUCACCAACACCAGAGGGAUGUGAUCAUCUUGCAUGAACUUGACGAGGAACGGAGUUUGCUUUUCACAUUCGGCGUCAGCAACCAGGAGGUGCUGCAAGGAUGUAAAUACUCUGUGGAAACUCCAGAUAUGCCUGGAUCGAACAUGAGGAAAUGUGCAGCAGCAUUAAACCGCCUGAUGGAUUCAAUGACGUGGAAACGCUGCCGCUCUCUUGAUUUAUAAAACUUUAAAGUCAACCUGACAAGGGGAUGGGGAGACGAGCCGCUGACCUGACGACUCCAGUGCCAGUUUUGGGUGUUCCGGCUCUUGUGGGCGGCUGGAAGGCAGCGGCGGAGGACAGAAAGAAAGAAGCCCUGCUACAGACUUUGGGUCUUAAUUGCAGCAUUGGCGUUCAGACGUCCCCAGGGAUCAACAAACCAACAACCUUGCUACCUGAACCUCUCUUCCCGUCCACUGAUAGCACCGUUCAAGCAUCCAAAAGCUAUGUCACCAAGGAAACCGAGUACAAGGAGAUACUGCUGGUUACAAAGAGUGAGAAGGAGAAAAGGGCUGCCUUGAAAGUGAAAAGUGGGGAGCUGAAAACCAAAAAAGAAGUGACUUUUAAAACGCCUGCAGGCGAAACCUGCUCUGGGAACUUUAGAAAGACUCAUCCCAGCACCAGAGCGUUUAAGACAAACUUGGCAGGGAACGUGAGCCACUUUAGCACUAAACCUACCAGUCGCUUCACCAAUGGCAGCGUGGUGGACUCAGAGGUGAUGGGAGGGAUCAGCGUGCUAAAUGAUGAGCCCAUACAGGAGAACAGAAAAGAGAGCUGUGCUGACAGAGAACACAGAGGUGUGGCCUUUUACGCAGCUUUAAACGUGCAGGAAAACAUAUGCAGCUCUUGUGGCGGAACACAAUCAGUGAGUAGAAAAUAUUCCUCCUCAGAUGAAAAAAUCUGGAGAACCAAAGCAUCUCAACCAGACAGAUCUUUACAGCCAAAGCUGUCAAGUAACUCCAUCCCCAAACAGCAUCAACUCAGAGACAGAUUGACGUUAGACAACAUACACUUAGAGUGUAGAAAAAUGCCAUUUAACGCGUGUCCGGUGCAUUCACUGGACGAUCCCUCUCUGUCUUUGACGCAUCAAGCCACAGCGAAAAAAGUGACUGUCACUAAAGCAACCAUAGAGACAAGAAAUAAUCGAAAAUCUGUGGCAAACUCCCCAAAGAUAUUUAUAAGACCGUCAAGUCUCAGGCUCAUAACGCCGCUAAUGGCUACGGCUACCAAAGCCAACAUCCCAAAUUCAACGCAUACAUACACCAAGCACCAAAAUGCGUCACAAUUCAAAGAACAUAAAGUCCAGCCAAACGCUAGUCAGAUGUUCACAGCAGCAUCAAAGGAUAAAACAAAUGAUGUAACCGCUAAAACCGUGUUUGGGAGUGAUGAACAAAGACAGACCUUAAAUGCGCAUGAGGAACCAGCAAGAAUUACCAUCAAGGAAAAUGUAUCUGCCGCUGUGAUAUCACACUCCUCUCAUCAACUUCCUCUGUUAGGGGACAGAACACAUGAGAAAUCACCAGAGAAAGUGUCUCAUACGUCUUCAUCCGUUCGUCCAAAUGUCUUAAAAACCGCUCCAUCCCAAACUGCAACUAACCAGCCCAACGCAAGAAUGAACCAUCGCUUCAAAUCUGCCUCUCUCGACAUGCCAGUGAGCAAAAACCCAGCCGUGGGUCCUCAAGUCGGGAUGUGUACCAGCGCAGAGCUAGUUUCUGCUGCAGCCCAUAGUAACACUUUGUACAAGAAUAAAGCCCUCAGGAACUCUUCCACCCAUCUGAAAUCUUCUGCGUCUUCAGCUUCCUCCUCUUUGUCUACGCAGCCAGCAAACCACAGUUACACAAGCGGCUGGUGUUCAUCUCCUCUUCAAACAGGCACCACACAUCAACAGGACAAAUUAGUCAGUCAUUAUGCGGCGCUCGGCACAAACAAAACAACAGGCAUCAACAUCACAGCUAAUAACACUAAUGAGUCAGGUUUCAGCGGAGUCGCCCCCAGUCCGCCAAACAUCACCCAAAAAAGCCUGUUAGCAUGUUCUGUGGUUCCUGACGUGUCAACGGUUCACAACAAAAACUCAUUUCAGAGUAAUAACCAGCAGACAGCGGCAGCCGCCGACGCUAGAACUGGUGAAGCAAGAGCCUGUUCUGACAUGGACUGCGAAUUAAAGAAACAAAUCGCACCAGUUUUGCACCAUGAAAGUCCAGCACAGGUCACCAGCCACCAGACAAGCAUUUGCUUAAUGAAGCCCAGCAGCGCUUGUCCAAAGGGUCGGGGGAGCACACGACAAAGCAGCAGCACAAGCAAUGAAGAACAUCCAGAAGAUGAGCGACACGCUGCUACACGCCUGACUGUGAAAUCCUCCCAGUCCAAAUCGGAUGCCGUGGGCAUAACCGCCACGCAUGCAAAUGUUACGCUGAACUCAGAUAAACAGGCAAAUGCUUCAACCCACACUGACAAAACACGCGACAACCCCAUUAUCUCAUCACAUCCGCACAGCGGCUCUCACCAAAACUUUGAGUCAUCGUCACUGCAAGCAGGCGCAGCUUCUUCAGCAGCAAAGCCAAACAGGGCCAGCGAACUGUGCACUAUUUGCUUUGAAGAUGUUGCCAGUGAGACACCCUCUGCCCGUCCCUGCCCUCAGUCUGAAGCAAUUAUAAGCCCAUAUUCAAAGUUAAAGCCUGCUGCCCUGCAGUCAGAGGACAGCUUUAUGGUACACUCACACCCAGCUGGUGCCGCUUUGUUACUGCCUCCAUCCCCUCAGUGCUGCAAGUCAGCAAGCCUCCAAGAGAGACUGGAAAGUGUGGAGGCCAGCCUGGCAGCCAACAAAGACAGGAUCCGAACUCUACUUAACAUUAUACAUGACCUGGAGGCAGGCCGCUCUCUCAACACUGGUGGGAGGAGGAGGAGGGGGAGUGCACAAGACAUCCGGAACUGCUCCACCUGCCAGAAGACUGCUUGUGCUAUCUACAGGGGUGGCCACAGCGGAUCAUCUUCCUCACCCUGUCUUGCUCUUCUCUCAAACCUACGAACCUCAUGUCCUCCUUCACCAUGUCCAUAAAUCUCCUCUUUGGCCUUGCUCUCCACCUUCUGCCUGGCAGUUCGGUUAUAUAUAUUCAUAAUCUUCUCCAAGUUACCUGACUAAAAUACAACCAUGUUUUUUUAUUUUACUCAUGCAUUGCUUCCAGGUUUUUCCUGCAGCAGUUUAUAUCAUGCUGCUAGAACAGCUUGUUUAAAACAGGUUUAUUAAAGGUUGAAACAUAAUUCCAAAUUUAGGUCGUCCCAUACUGUAAAAGCACCAUCCACUCAGUUGAACUAACCAGUUGAAAACUGGUCCAACUUCAACUUGGGCUGCAACACUCCUAAUGCUGAAGUCAGCCAACUGCAUGCAUGUUGACACAUUCGGCCUUCAGUUGAAUGACAUGUAACGCACAUCACCCAAAAGAAAAACAGGGGUUAGACCUAGGCCAGGGGGUGGCCCUUUGCUCUAAACAUCAGAUGGCCUCACUGGGAACGUAGCAGACCUAAAGACUCAUGGUGAGUGAAACCAGAGCCACAUGGUGCUUUCAGCGACCUCUUUCUUUGGAACAAGAGGCAGGAAAGAACACACCUGUGUGUCUACAUGCUAUUGACGUGAGCUCCCAUGGCGUAAUAUAGUGAGGAUACGUGGGCUUUUGCAUCCUGUACUGACGCCAAAUGCAGCCUUCCAUGUUGCAUGCUGACACAAAUCAUUUCCUUCACCUGUAACAUUCCAGGCAGGGGACGCGGAGGGUCAUGCAGAGAGUAGGGGGGGACUUUAUUCACUGAUUUGCACUCGAUGCCAGUUACUAUUCAUACCUCUUACAUUCCUUGUGGUGAGGAAUGAAAACCUGAGGAGUGAAAACCUCAACAUGCAAUGGUGAAGGCUGCCAUUGCCUUCAGCAUAGGACGCAAAAGUCCACUUUCCCAACAUCAAUACAUUGGGAUUGGGAUGUGUUGGAAGCGCAUUGGACCCAAAAAGUCCACUUGAAAAUAAUCAGUAUUUGACCUCUCACUGCACUGAGCCAUGAGGAAAAAAAAUUACUGCAGCUCUGGGGGCUGGGCUCAGUGGACAGUAUGAAAAGGGGGCGGGACUUGAAAAUCUAGCUGGGAGCUGGCUCACAUCUUCUCAAGAUCACAUCCUUUAGCCUCUGAUUUGUGACACCAUCACAAACUGGAGAUUGUGCCGUCGCUAUGAAAUACUGUACAUGCCCCUGUAGCGUUUAGAAUCAAGCGCCUACUGCUCAUCCAAUGAGAUGGUUACAGGCUUGUAGGGCCACUGUAUCAUAUUUUUCCAUAGGCGGGGUAUGUUGCAUGCAUGAAGAGUCUUUUUCAAACCCUCGUGUUAACACCAAUGUGAUUUGUCUUGUGUUACUUUCAUCUUUCAUACCUCCUCUGGUCAAAUCUUGCAUCAGGUGCACCGCAGCAGGCACACUCAGCUCUUAUCUGAAGCCGUUUGAGGGAAGAAGGCAGGAAGGCUGAGGGAUUUCUUUUCCCCCAUCAUUUGUAAAAAGAAUAUAUAUAGCCUUGUGUGCUGCAAAGCAAAAUCCAGAACCGUCUUCAUCUUGAUGCAAGUCCUGUCUAUCUACUUACUGCACAAAAACAAGAUAUUUGAAUGACAAUUAGACGCAUUGUCGACUGUUAUUCAUGUGUUUUGAAGAGUGUAAUGUGAGGACAGUUUCCCACAUCCACAUCUUUUGCUAAUCCCCCUCUAAUACACAAAGAUUUUACACGGACAGAAUCUGUAUUUCUCAAGUAUAAAGGACAAGAGUCCGCUGUGUAGGUUGUGUUAUUCAAUCGUCUACAGUCUCGUCUGUAAAAUCACCUCUGUGAGCAGCAAACCCAACCUUUAGGAUCCUCACAUCUAUUUUCUUUGUAUUGCACUUUGCCAGCGUGGAGUAUGACUUCAGGCAGCAGGAAAAGUACUUCACAGAGGUUCUGAAUCAUCCUGGAAAUGAGGCAUCGCAACGCCAUUCGUCACUGCACUUGAGGUGGCUCAAAAGUGUCGCCAAGAAGCUGAAAAAGUCAAAAGCAAAGAGUAAAAUGCUGUGCAAGAGCCUGUUCAAGGGGCAGAACAGGAAGAUCGACUAUCAGUAGGUUACCCACCCAAAUAUGAAACAAGACUAUGACCAGCAACCGGCGUUGGACCCCAUGUGACAACACUGUGUUUUAACAUCUAGGAGGUUCAUUUUUUCCCUUUAUUCCAGAUAGCCUCGUAAAUCCAGUUACCUUGUAGGUAGAAGGUGAGAUCCUGUUUUUAGAUCCAAACUUGGGAACAUAAGCUUACAUUCAACUUUACAUAUUGUAUAAUGGGCCUACACAAAUGUUGUAAACCACUGUGUUUUGAAACAAAUUAAUCCAUGUGGAUAGUAUUCAUUCAUGUAAGAAGUUCAUCUACAACUGUGAAAUGAUGCCAUGCACUUUAUUCAGUUAUGUAUGCAGGAUUUUCUACCCUUAAUUCUUUUGAUACUUAAAGCAAUCCUGUGAAUUUGUCCAGUAAAAUGUUGUACAUGUUCACAGUACGUUGACCUGAUUGUACAUAAAUCCAACUGCUGUAUUUUCCUGAUUAUAUUGGAAGUGACUGUGAAAAAUAAAAG